UGUUGAAAAUUACACUGACAGUUACUCCUUAGGAAAAUCUCUGAACUCACAAAACAUUACAAAAAAUUCGUUUAAGGAGUUUUAGAGAAACGCAGUUUCAGUCUGAUUGGCGUCCCCUUGAGUGUUUCCUUCAUUCCCAUGAAAUUCCUUGAUCCAGGAAAUGGAUCAGGAUGAAAGGCAGAGAAAAUUAGAAGCCGGACGAGCAAAGCUUGCUCACUUUAGACAGCGCCGGGCAAAAAGCGAAAGUUCGAGCUCGCAGAAAAAGACGCCGAAGAGGAAGGGCCAAACUGUCCAGACGAAUGACUGGUCAGCGCAAGAUUGCCACCUAGAGGAACCAGAGACAGACGAUUGUCAUGGAGAGAUCAACAAGGAAUACUCAGAGGCAUCACUCAGACCUGAUGGCACAGAGAGCAGUGUUCCAGAGGUCCUUCAGUGCAGCAGAGAGGAGGAUGAAACUGAUGCCUCUGCCAGAGACCCAGAAGAGGACCUCUGUUCAGAGUCAGAGCUGCCCGAUCAAGCAGAGGAUAAACUUGCAGGAAUGAUUAUAGUUGCACAUACUGACAAAGAACAACUAAAGCGAUUACAGGCUGCAGUAGAAAAACGGAAUGAGAUCAUAUCACAGCUUAGUGAGAACCUGCAGGUGGCGCUGCAGAGCAGAGACCAGGUACAGCUGGAGGCACAGCAGCUCACUGGUCAGAUUCAGGCACUACAACAGCAGCUACAGCAGGCUAAAGAAUAUCUACGUAGCAAAAGUCAAGGGAGUGUGGAUCUGACCCAGGCUGUUCAGAAUCGGCUGCAUGUACAAUUGGAGGAGUCGCAACCGAUGACCAAGGAGCAACAGUGCCUUUUGGCCCAAAAAGAAACUGAGAUCACAGACCUGCAACAGAAAUUGUGUGUCAUGGAAAAAUCCCUCUCUCAGCUUCAACAUGCCUUUACCCAGAGAAGUGGUGAUCAAAAAGAUCUAAGACUUGACCAACAUGGUAGUUUAGAUUUAUCCACUGUCAGCCCUCUGUUCCCAGACAACAGUCUUGACUCAGACUCUGAAGCUUUAAUGCAAAGCUUUAGAGCUGAGCUAGAGGAAGAGCGUAAGAACAGCCAGCGAGCUCAAGAACAAGUAGAAGCAUUUCAGAAGAGGGUACAGAGUCUGGAGAGUGAGAAGACCCUGAUGGAAGCUCAUCUGGCUGCAGUUAAUGAAACACAAGCCCAGGAAGCCCAGAAAUAUAAAGCAGAGAAAGAUAAACUGAACCAAGAAAUGGCUAGAUUAGAUAACCUUGUGAAGGAGCUUCAAAAUCGUCUUCAUGAAGAGGAGGAGACGGGACGCCAUAUGCGUUCCAAAUAUGAAGCCGAUAUUUCCAAUUAUGAUCUCAGGCUUCAGACUCUGGAGGAGGAAAGGGAAUUGAAUGUAGCCCAGCUAACCGAAGCUCAUGAGGCUGCUCUUAGUCGCCUGCAGAAGGAGCACUCUGAUGAGAUCCAUCGCAUCCAGGAGCUUCUGAACCAGGCCCAAAGUCAGCAUACCGAUUCUCAUCAUAAUGUUUCCAAAAACUUUGGUGCAGACGUAACCUGGAAAAAAGUCUCCAAAGAGCUUUACAAUGAGGAGACAGCCACUGAGAGUGCAGGCAGAGAUGACUAUAGUUUUGACGUCCCUGCAGGGGGUUUCCAGGAUGUUCUGAUGGAACGUUACUUGGCCUCUGAAGGGCCUCAAGAAAGCUCAUUAAUUGAAGGGAGUAUGGAGGAAUGUAGCCUGAUGGAAAACUCUGAGACGUCCAGGUUUGAGCUAGACAGUGAGGUAAUAUUUCACGCUUCAGAUGUCCCUAACAAUGUCACAUCUGAUGGUGAUAAGUCAGAGCCAAGACUGUCUGUAGUUCAUAGCAUUGAAGUGCCCCAACCUGAUGAAAUGUCCUUCACUGAUGCCCAGUGGCAAAACUCAACCUCAGUUGUUGAAGAGCUGAAUGAUAGCGCAGGCACUGUGGACUUGGCAAAAGAGCUUCUAAUCCAGCAGUGCCGAGACCUGUCAGAGCAGUUAGAAGAGCAGGAACGACAGCUCGAGGUUCUUCAAGAGGAGGUUCAGCACUCUGCUGAGGAGGUUGAGGAGGCACGGGAGCAUUGGAGCAAAGCUUCAGAGGAGCUUGAAGAAGCUAAGUGGGAGCUGGAGAUGGAACGUGAGAAAAGAAUUCAGUAUGAGGAAGUUAUCAGCCAGAAAAUGCAUGAAGAAGACAACUUCAAGAACGUACUGAGUCACCUGCAGACCCAGAAACAGCUGCAGCUUCAAGACAAUGAAAGGUUAAUGCCUGACAACACUGACUCCAAUAAGACCUCAAUCUUUUUAUCUAUAGAGGAGUUGUUAAAGGAACUAAAGGAGGAAAAUGCCCAAUUGGUGCUACAGCUCAAAUGUCAGGAGCAGCUAGUGAAGGAUGUCCAUGAGCAGAAACCAGCAUUGGACUCUAUAAAUAGUGAGCUUUCCUCUUUGCAAGCUCAGAGAGAUGAAUUUCUACUUCAGCUGGAGCAACAAAGGGAAAAAAACCAAGCUACUUCAGUGCUGCUUGGUCAAAGGACCUUGCAGGUGGACCAAGCCAAUAAAGAGCUUCAUCAGCUUAAAGCUGAAGUGGAAGAGAAAGUUGGAAGGUUGCAGAACUUGGAGAAAGAGAAGACAGACCUUGAAUCUAAGCUAAUGUGCCUUAAAGAGAACCUCAACAACAUGGAAGAGGAGAAAGCUACCCUUGAAAGAUGUCUCCAAGCUUUGGAGGACCAAGCAAAGAGCAUGGAGGUGGUUCUAGAAUCAGAACUGAAGAACUUUGAGCACCAACUUGAAUCAAAGGAUGCAGAGCUCAAGGAAGUUAAGGAAGCACAAGAGAAGGCAGAAGAGGAAUACAUGGAAAAGGAGAGUGCCUUAAUGAAAGAGCUCAUCACAGUCAAACAGGAUCUGGAAGAAAAACAGAAGCAACAUGAGGAGGAGAAGAGAAUUCUGGAAAAGAAACACCAGAAAGAGGUUAAAUACUUGAAUGUACGUUUUGAGCGGGAACAUUCUGAACAGUCUACUCAUCUGGAAGAUGAGCAGAAGAGACAGAUCAGCUUGAUUAAACAGGUCUAUGAACGAGAGCAUGAGAGGGAGCUGACGCAGCUGGCAGCCCAACAUAGUGAGGAAAUCCGCAUACUUAAAGAUGAGCUCUCCAGGGAGCUGCAAGACGGCCUGGAGGCUGCACACCAGGCUGAGCUGCUCCAAACACAAAGCCAGCACAACCUGGAGCUGGAAGCCUUGCGUCUGAGCUUGACCAACUUGCACACUGCUCAGCUGGAGCUUUCUCAAACCAACAUGCAGAAAGAUAAGGAAGUGGCCCUCAGUGAGCUGCAGACCAUGUUACGAGAGAAAUGGGCACAGGAAAGCGCCAUGCUGCAGACGCGCCAACAGUUUGAGCUGGAGAGAAUCCGGGGGCAGAGCCAAGAGCAGGAUCAAAGAAACCAGCGACUGCACCAACAAGAGAUUGAUAAUCUGAACCGGGAAUGGGAGAAGGGCGUUUUGGAAGAGAAGAGCUUAGUGGAACAGUUGCAGGCCUGUAAACUAGAGGAUCUAAAGGCUGAGUUGCUCUUGGAGGCUGAGAAGGUCAAGACAGAACUCCAGAGUCAAUUAAAUGAUGCGCAUCAUAAACUGAGUGAGACCCAGGCAGCUUUCACUGAGGCUGAAGUAGCUCUGUCUGAGACACAGGGUAGGCUAGAAGAACUGCAGAGUUCCAGAGAUCAAGAUGUCAAGAAUCUGGAGAAAGAGCUCAAGCAGGCCUUGACUGACAGAGAUGCUGCUGCAUGUGCAGUUGAGGAGUUGGUUGCAUGUCAUAAGGCAGCACUGCAGGAGAAACGGGAACAUUCCCGAGCCCUGGAGCAGAGAGGAAAAGAGCUGAAACAAGAGGUUGACCGUCUACAGUCAGAAAAGGAGGAACUGAAGACCAAUUCAGAACAGGAGAUCUCAAACCUCUGGUCCCAGCUGGAGAGCAUGAGAACCAACAGACAGGAUCUCGGAGAGCUGAAAGAGCAGUUGCUGGCACGCUCAGCGCGGGUUGAUGACAUUGAGCGACUAAAACAAGAGUUCACUCAGCAGCGGCAGGAAAUCAAAGAGCAGAAUGAGAUCGAGCUGGAAAACCUCCGUACCUAUUUCGAGCAGAGAUUCCGGGUCACAGAAGAGAGUCAUCGGGAAGAAAUCGCACUCCUGCAGCUGCGCCUUGUAGAGGGAGCCCUGGAGGACUCGGUGCUCAAGACUGGAGAUGCAAGCUUUCUUUCAGAAGGGAAGAGUGACGAUGACAGGAGUGAUGCUAUGGAAGAGAUCACAAGACAACUAGAGAAAAACAAGGAGGAGCUGGAUUCCCUGCGGCUCCAGUUAGAGGAGAGACACCAGCAGGAACUGGAACAGCUGCGGUCCAGUAUGGCUCUGACUUAUAAAGAAGAGCUACUCCAGGCUCAAACUUAAAUAUAUAAAACAAUUAUUAUAUAUAAAAAAACAUUGUUUUAAAUAUUUUUCUCUUUUUCAUCAGAAAUAAACAAGAUACGGCUACAGUCUGCACAGGAAGUAGCGAGGCAGGUGGUGGCUGAGGUGAAGGAGAGGACUCAUGAGCACCAGGCCAGGGUGACCCAGCUGGAGACCCAGCUAUCUCAGCUCUCCCUAAUGCACUCAGAGGAACUGGAAAAAGUGGUGGCGCAACACCGAGAGCAGCUCAGACAGAUGGAGGAGACCCAUCAGAAAGAUGCUACUGAAGAGAUGAGGGUGCGCCUUGAAGAAGUGCAGAAGGCAGAGAGGAAUCGUGUGAGUGAGGAGUUCACUAAAGAGCAUGCCCGGCUGAGGGAGCAACUCCAAAUUCUGGCUGAGGAGCGCUUGGCAUCCCAGAGAGAGGAGCUUCAGAGAUCUGCCCUUAAAGAGAAAGGGGCAUUGGAGCAGAGGCUUCUAGAGGUCCAAAAGCUCCUUGAUGUGGAAAAGGAGAAGCUUCAAGCCCUGCAAAGGAGUUUGGAGUGUGAAGAGAGCCCUCAGGUGGUGGCGUUGAAGCAGAAACUCCAGGCUCAAUACGACAGAGAGAUGUCCACUGCUAAGAGUGCCAUGGCAGCAGAGGUGAAAGAGCUGAAUGUUCUACUUCAGGAUCAGAUAGAGAGCAAGCUACAAGAGGCCCUCUGCAGGCACCAAGAAGAGCAGAAACAACUGGAAGAGAAGUUGACCCUUCAGAGAGAUGCUGCCCUUGAUCAACAGAGAGAACUGCAUGCUGUGGAGCUGCAGGCCCAGAAAACGCUCCUGGAUGAGAGAGCUGCACAAUUAGAGCGUCUUGAAAAGGACUGUCAGGAACUCAAAAUACACCACUGGGAGGAACUGGAAUCACUGAGGACCAAUCACAAAAUGGCCUUGGAGACCUUUGAGAUGGAGCUUACAAAUAAACACAAGGUAGAGCUUGACAGAUUGGAGGCGGUCCUUCAGGAGACCAACCUGGCACAGCUUGAAGCUCAAGAGGCGGAGCUUCAGGCACGACACAAACAGGAGAGGGAGGAGCUUGAGGAGAGGCUGUUGGCGAACAUGGAUACACUGGAGAGCACGUUCUUGAAAGAAAUUCAGGCAGUACGGGACGAGAAGGAAAGAGAACUACGUGACCUUGUAGAACACUAUAUUGGAGAGAUUGAAAGGGUGAGAAAGGAGGAGCAAACCAUCAGAGAGGACCUCAGAAGUGAGCUUGCUAUGGUCCAUAUGGAUAAAUUCAGUGCCAUGGCAGCAGAAUUGAAUCAAGCCCAUCAGGCGGAGAUCUCUGAAGCAGUCUCCUCUCAGAGGGCUGCUCUGGAGGAUGAGCAUAGAUCUGCUCUGGAAGCUCUUCAGCAACAAGUAGUUGCUUUAGAGGAGCAGCAUAGCGCCGCCCUUCUGGAGAUCACUGAUCUUGCCACUGCAAUGGAAAAGCAACAUGAGCAACAACUGGAUGUGCUGGCUAAUCAAUAUCAGCAACAGCUACAGGAGUUAAGAGGAGUGUCUGCCAGGGAGCUGGAGGCUCUCCGUAGGGAAUUAGAGGAAGACGCGUCAAGGCAACGCCUCCACUUCCUGGAAGAGGCAGAGCUUCUCAAGUGCAAGUCUGAGGAGCUGUUGCAGCAGAAAAUUGCUCAGUUAAAGGAGGAGAGUGACCAGGACAAGGCUGCUGCUCUUGAAGAGCUGGAAAGGACUUUAAGACAGAAACACGAGCAAACUGAACUCGCCUACAGUGACAAGAUGAGCCAACUCAAUGUGCAGUUACAGCAGCUGGACACUGUAGUGUCACAGCUACGAGCAGAGGUGAGCGGGCUGCAGGUUGAGCUAGAGGGCAAGCGGGCAGAGAUGGACACGCUGGAGACACUCCUGCAACGCAGAGACCGGGAGAACCAGGAGGGAGACAAUCUACUGGCCAUGCUCAGAGCUGACCUCAACACGGCCUCACAGCAAAGACAAGACCUGCAAACAGCACGUGACAGACUACAGCGGAUGCUCAUAGAGAUGCUUCGAAUCACUAUGGCAACGGAAGAGAACAUCAACCACAAGUUAGGGGCUUGUGUGUCAGGUGGUCAGGCUGGAGACAAAACGCCCAGCUCUAUGACAGCCAGCAGUAGCCGUGAUUCACGUGAAAUGGGAGAGGUGAUUGGUGUAGAAGGAGAUGCUGAUUGUAGCGUGUGGUCUUCGGCUGUGGACGAGGGGUUGGAAUUGUCUCAGAGGCUGUGUGAGAGUGUGUUCUCUGGGCCGGAGGGAGAGAUGGAGGCGGAAGGCGAGGAGCUCAUGCUGGGUGCCUGUACACGUCUACGCACUGCUGUAGAUAAACUAUUGGAGCUGCUCUCUGAGUCCUCACAGCAGUUGGAGCAGAUGUGUGGUCUACAGGCUGUGCUAAAUGAGNGGUUCAGAGAUGGCGGUGAGGCCGGAGCGUCUCUGCUGUUUCAGAACUCUCGGCUCCUGGAGCAGCUGGAUCAUGAGGCCAGCCUGAAGAGCCAGUUACAACUGGAGCUGCACAAGGCCGAAGGUCUGAUGGAAGGCUACGUAGCUGAGAAAGCCUCUUUGGAGGAGGCCCUUCAGCAGAAAGAGAUGCAGCAGCAGCGUCUGGCAGAGGAGCUGGAGAGCACACGCAUCCAACUGCACCAGCUCAGUGAAAAUCACACCCUCCUCCUGCGUCAGAGAGAAGCCCUUACGGCCGGCCUCGGAGAUACUGAGAAGGCUCUGCUAGUGGAGGCUGAGCGUCUGGGGCAGGAGUGUGUGGAGGUGCAGCGGCAGGCGGAGAAGGAUUGCGGUGGUUUGGCGUCUCGUCUGCAGAUGCUGGAACAGGCCCUGGAGGAGCAGGAGAGCCGUGCGCAUCAGCUGGAGGAACAGCACCGCCUGCAGACUGAGGACCUGCAGCAACACAUUGAUGCUCUGGAGAAACAACUCAAACAUAACCGCCAGUUCAUAGAUGAACAAGCAGUGGAGCGGGAGCAUGAGAGAGAUGAAUUCCAGCAGGAAAUAAAGAAUCUGGAAGCUCAGCUGAGACAUCCAUCGAAAGGAUACACAGGAGGGGACAGCAAGGGUCAGAGGAUUGAGGACUUGGUUCUUCAGGUGGAAAGUCUUCAGGCUCUGAUCAAAGAUAAGAUUGAAGACUAUAGUGUACUGUUGUCAGCAAAAGUGCAGUGUCAGCGUGAUGUGGAAGAACGUAAUGAAGAGAUUGAAAAAUUGGCAGCUCGUAUCCGAGAGUUGGAGCAGGCAUUGCUAAGCUGUGCAGAGUCCAGCCGAACGGUCACACAGCUGGAGCAAGAACUUCAGAAAGCACGCAAGAACCUUCAGGAGCUCACACAGGAUAAAGAAGCUUUGCAGCAGCAGCAGUAUGCUAAUAAACUCCAGAUCUCUGCCCUACAGUCCAAACUUGAUGAGACCAGACACCGUUUCCCUGAUAUGACCCCUGAGCCCAGCCUCCGGGAGCAGCUGGAAGCCACACAACAGGAUCUGCAGACCAAAGAACAACAGGUGGAAUUUCUGUCAGAGCGUAUAAGUGAGCUUGAGAAGGAUUUGGUAGUGAGAGAGGAAAGGUUUGGACAACUAACACUACAGCUGGAGCUCAAAAACAGAGAAAGCAGAGCUACAGAAGAUCAGCUUCACUCACACAUCACGCACCUGCGGGAGACUGUGGAUGCUUUGACAAGGCGACUAGAAGAGGGCAGCGACGAAUCCAUCCUUCAGCUGCCUUCUGCCCUUCUGGAGGAGAAGAUUCUGGAGAUCGACCACUUAAACCAGCAGAUCCUCCAGCUGCAGCAGGAGCUUGAUAUGACCAAUGAUAAUAAGACGCUAGAGGAAAAGCAAGUUGAGAUUGAAGAGCUGCGCUCUCUGGUUGAGCGUCUUCGUUGUGACCAGGAACGUUUACGGCAGGCAAAGGAAGAAGAGACUGAGCAGCUCCAUGAAGUUAUUAACAAGCUUCAAGAGGAGUUGAGCCAGCUUGACCCCAACCAUCAUGAAGUCAGUGACCUCAACACUGACAGCCCCGAGUCAUCGGACUUCCCUUGGACCCCUCAUCCUUGCCAGCAGAAGGUGCCCGAGGAAAGCCUGUGUCAGGAGCUCAGCAGCCACACGCUGCAAUCGUCUCGCGCUCGCUUGCAGGAGUUACAGAUUGAGCUGGAGCGAGCAGCUGGAGAGAAGGACUCUCUUCAGAGACUGUUGCUCUCCCAAGAGGAACAGUAUGGAAGCCAGGUGGAGACACUCGGCCGGAGUCUCGGAGAGGAAAGGGGGAAGGUGGUCGUGUUGGAACAGGAGGCAAAUGAGUUGAAACUCCAGCUAGAGGAGAAGCGGACAGAAGCUGAGAGAUUGGCAGCUCGUGUGGAAGUGUUGGAAGAUACAGAGCAAGCUCAUCAGUCCAGGCUUAGAGAGUCUGAACUCCAGUUGAGAAGGGUGGAGGAGAGAAGAGACAAGGUCCAACAGGAGCUUGGCAGGCUGCAGGAGGAGGUGAAGAACCAGUGUGUUGAGAAGGAGCUUCUGGAAAACCAAAUCUCCAAACUGCAAAGCAAAGAAGAGGAGUAUCAGAAUGAACUUGCCGCUUUACAGUCCAAACUCGAAGAGCUUGAGGAGAGCGUCCAAGUAAGCAAAGCCACCAUCAUUGCCUUGGAGGCAAGCAAAAAAGAACUGUUCAUUGAGAGAGAGGCUCUGAGAAAACGGGAGGGAUGCCUCCAGGAGGAAAUAGAGCGUUUGAAACAGGAAGUGACAUCAAAGACAAAUUACAUAAAAGAACUAUGCGAGCAACAGGAAGAGACUGUGGCUAAACAAGGUGAAGCUCAGAAAAAAGUACUGACAUGUGCUGAAGAGACCUUGGCUAGAGCUGAGACUGCUUUACGUGAGAGAGAAGAGCAGCUGAUCCACCUGAGGGCGGAGCAUGAUGCGCUAAGGGCGGAGCUAGCAGCUGUGAAGGAGGGGCUUAGUACCAGCACAGAGAGAGCGGAGAAGCUACAGGAAGAGGGACAGACGAAAGAUCGUGCAUUGGCUGAUCUCGAGGUCCAUAACCAGCACCUGAAGGCAGAGCUGCGGAGUCUGCAGGAUGACCUGGCUGUGCAAGAAGAAGAGUUGGCCUAUCAGCAGCAGGAGCUAGAGCAGCUCCGACAGCGCUGCAACCUGCAGGACCACCAUCCCAAACACGGCCACCGCUUUCUUGAAGGCCUUUCCCGUGACCCAUCCCUCUCUGCUUCCCUAUCUUCCCCAGAGAUCCUGCGUAGGUUGGACUGCAGUGAAGAGCGCCCCUCUCAUCUGCAGGUAUCUCACCUCUCGGAGCUCAGUGCGCUACACAACGCCACCCUGGAGCUCCACAGCAAGCCUUCACCUAUGGAGCGGGAAAAAGAGAGACCACACGCCAGACAAACUUUUAUCCCACCUUCAGAGGAAGUCCCACCCAGCACACACACUGCAUCCCCAUGCUCACUUACUGUGUCUGAACACCUUUCUGUGCUCGACUCACUGGAUGCAAAUAAGGUUGAUGAAUUGGACAAUUCAGAUGUGACACCAUCUCCACUUGGUUCCACCUCUCCUGUGUCUGUGCCGGAGUGGGUCAGCGAUGGAUACGGCAGCAAUGUGAGCUCAGAGUUGGGAGCCAUGCUGAAGCUUGAGUUGGAGAAUACAGAGCGUUUAGAUGCUCAUUUUGUAGAGUAUCUGCGCUGCAGAGGAAUGUCACCUGGAGAGAAAACGGAUAGUGCUGCAGGCAGUAUGCAUGAGAGCCACGAGGCCCUCACACCUGAGUUACAGGCUAUGUUGAAGCGCGUCUACCAGGAAAGCUGCAGAAUCCUGUCUUUGUCCCAUCGCCCUGCCCCAUCUGGCCAGUCCCGCCCAGAUUCUGAGCCUGCCCCACCCCACUCCUGGCAGAGGGAGAGACGGGCCUUACAGGAGACCAUCCUAUCACUCAGAGAGCUGCUCUGCAGGAUGGCUGACAGGGAACCCAGGACUGACCAGGGGGAUGUGGACUGGAGGCGUGAGCUAUUGCAGGUGGUCCGCAGUGUGUUUGACAGUGAAAGGGAGUGGCUUCACUCUCAGCUUCAGGCUUUCAUGGCAACUACUACUCUGAUGGACCUCACCCCUUUGCUGGAUCAGUUAAAGAAACUGUUUCAGAAGCAGGAGGAGCAGCAGUGGAGAUCCCUAGAGCAGCUGUUCAAUGCAGACCGUCACAGUCUAUUGGCUGAGGUGCGCAGCCUGCAUGCGCAGCUGCAUGCAAGCACCCAGCAGAGUCAGGAACAGCUACGGCAGCUGCAGGAUUCCCUGGACACUGCAAAAGAACAGGGCAUGGAAGUGCAACAUCAACUGCGUAGAGAUGCUGAAGAGCUGGAGUUGCAGCUGCAACAGGAACAGACAGUGUCACAUGAUCUGCGCACCUCUCUGGAAGCUGAGAAAAGUAGGGGAUUGGAGCAGCAGAGGCAGUUAGAGGUGGAGCUUAAGGCUGUGUCAGUGCUGAAGGCUGAGCUAGAGGAGACCAGGCUACAGCUUCAGUCUACAUACAAAAAUCAAGAUGAACUGAAGAGCCAAAAUCAAAAGCUCAGGCAAAAGCUGGAAAAUGUUGAGGCUGAACAUCAAGCCUGUCUACAGGCAUUGGAGAAAGAGCAGGCUAGAGUACAGGAACUGCAGGAGGACCUUCAGCAGCAGCGACUCGUCGACCAGCAGACAGUUGAGCAAAACCACCAAACACAGGAGUCUUUGCACCAAGCUUUGAAUGAGCAAGCAUCGCAUGUCAGUCAGCUUAACUCCGCACUGGAACAGGAGCGCAUCACAUCCAGUAACCUGCGCUCUGAGCUCCAGAUUGAGCAGUCUCGUUGUGAGGCCCUGUUGGCCCAAGAGCACGAACGCACCAAACUUCUGCUUUCCCGCCUGGAGGAGGAACGCUCCCGAUCGGCGGAGCUCUCAGAUUUGCUCUCUCGCCAAGCCCAGGAGCACACGCGCCGUUUAGAGGAGGAAGCCCGCAGACAGGAAGCGGCCAGUGCCCAUGACAGAAAGUUUAUUCAGGACCUACGGGCUCAAUUGGAACAGGAGAGGCGUCAGGGGGAGGACCUGGCAGCCAUGUUAGAACGUCUGCAAGGGCAGGUGCUGGAAGGGAAGCGCAGGCAAGCGGAGGAGGCAGAGCAGGAGGCACACAAGGAGCAGGAGGAAGUGAGGAGGCUCCGUGCAGCUCUGGAGGGCCUGCAGACUCAGAAAACAGAGGUCGGACGCACUCUAGAGGCAGAGCAAGAGAGAGCUGCUCAGUUACAAACGGAGUUGGAUGUGAUGAAGGAAAAGAUGAGAGUGGUGAAAGAGAGGGAGAGAGUGAGGGAGGAGCAGAUGGAGAGGCAGAGGAAACAGGAGCAGGUGGAAAAGGAGCGACGACAGGAACGCACCAAUGAGAAACUGUUGGAGUUGGAAGUGUUGCGUCAGAAGGAUCAGCAGCGGUUGAGGCAGCUACAGCAGACGCUGGCUGAUCUGAAGCAGAAAGAGAAACAGCUCACGUCAGAUCGCCUGCAGAGAGACACGCACGCCAAUGGCCUGACCUUUGGCCAGAAUGCACUCACAAACAUCCCUCAGGAUUCUACCUCCUCCACUCCCUCACUAAUGGAACGUUUGCUGAAGGAGAACACCGAGUUCUCCGAGUGUCUCGCUGCUCUGAGUGAGGAGAAGAUCUCCCUCAAACACACUAUAUCCUGUUUGGAGAGAGACCUGCAAAGCCUGAAACGCCAGGAGCAGGUGAAUUCUCCUGCUGUUACGGAGCAGUGCAUGUUAUCGGAGAAGCUGGCUUGGCAGAAGGAAAAAGCAACUCUUCAGGCUGCGCUGCGUAAAGCAGAGGCUGAACUGUCAAAAGUCACUGCUAGCAAUGAAAACAGACCCAACUAUGACCUCUCCAACAACAAGGUGCAGCGACUUUAUGAGAGAUACCUGCGAGCAGAGAGUUACAGGAAGUCUCUGGUUUAUCAAAAGCGUUAUCUGCUGUUGCUGCUGGGAGGGUUUCAAGAGUGUGAACAGGCUACUCUUGCGCUCAUCGCUCGUAUGGGUGCCCAGCCAACGUUGAGCCAAUCGCAGGUCUCCAGGCCUCUAAACCGCUUCAGAACGUCUGUCAGAGUAGUCAUCGCUAUCUCAAGACUGAAGUUCCUCACCAGGAAAUGGCAAAGAGCUACAAGGAAAUUCUCAGUAGGCAGUGCCAUAGUUAACGGGCGUGGAACAGGACCAAGCACAGUUCCUGCUUUGAGGACUGAAGUGCUGAGGCCACAGCAGACUGGAGUUGCGUUCAACUCUCCACCCACACGUGAUCAUGCCUUGGCUCAAAGGGGCGUGGCCUCGUCUCUGGUGCCGCCAAUCAAAUCACCCUUCAGACUGAAUCAUAGAAUGUACACAAGUCCAAUGCUGGGACCAGCUGAACGCUCCUUCAGCUCUACCCAAGAUCAAGAACGUUCCCUUACGGAGUAUAUCCAACAUUUGGAGACUGUCCAGCAGCGUCUGGGUGCCGGUUGUCCAGGUUCACCAUCAAUGCUUCCAUAUGCCAGAAAAUCUGAUCGAUGAAUGAAGAAAUCUUGUCACUAGUGCCAGUCUGUGUUUUACAUUCAUACAUUUUUAAUUGCCAUCUUUUUUGUAUGCUUUAUCAUUUUAGCUGAAACAUUGUCACCGAUAACGUGUUAUUUUGUUUUGCAACC